AUGUCCGCCUCCGUCUACAGUCUCCCAGCGCUUCCAUACGCUUACGACGCCCUCGAGCCUAGCAUCUCCGCCCAGAUCAUGGAGCUUCACCACUCCAAGCAUCACCAGACUUACGUCAAUAAUCUUAACGCCGCCCUCAGAUCGUACGCGACCGCGAGCUCAUCCGGAGAUAUCGCUGGUCAGAUCGCCCUCCAAGGAGCCAUCAAGUUCAACGGAGGCGGUCAUAUAAAUCACUCGCUCUUUUGGGAGAACCUGGCCCCGGCCUCGUCCUCCGAGGCCGGGGAUCCCCAGGGCAGUGCGCCUACCCUGAUCAAAGAAAUCGCUCGGACUUGGGGGGGCCUCCAGGAGUUUAAGACGGCAUUCACGAAAGUGCUUCUCGGACUGCAGGGCUCAGGGUGGGGCUGGAUGGUGCGAGACGGUUCACAACUACGUAUUAUCACGACCAAGGACCAGGACCCAGUCGUAGGCGGCGAGGUUCCCAUUCUUGCUAUAGAUUUCUGGGAGCACGCAUACUAUCUUCAGUAUCUUAAUGGCAAGGCGGCUUACAUCGAGAACAUCUGGAACGUCAUCAACUGGAAGACCGCCGAGGCACGUUUUAACGGCGGAAGCGAUGACGCGUUUCGUGUACUCAAGUCGUCAAUGUAG